UCGUCCAGGAGGAGAACAGCAAAAGGAUCCUUUGAUGCAUCAGAGCAGAGGAAUUCGGCUUCUCUUCAUCUCUGUAUUUUUGUUGUGUUGUUAGCUGUGAGAAUCAGUAAAGGGGCUGCAGCAGCUUCGCUCUCGAACUGAUUCCUUCCAUCACUUCUCAGCUUAUGGAAAUGUACAGUUUUGCUGGCAAGCAACCAGAUUUCUUUGGUUUCUUUGUGGUCUUGGUUUUGCAUGGUUGGCGGUUUGGUGGCAAAGACUCUAAGACGCUUUAGUACACCAGAGGAGACAAACUUUGUUCUUCCAUCUACAUGACUGGUACAUCCCAAAAAAUACCAGCCACUGUCAUUAUCUCAGGAACCAGUGGAGUGUUCUGCAUGGAUCAGGACUCCAGGUGUUGUAGACUGACCAGAAAAGCAUAUUUCAGGUCAUUUUCCAGCCUGGUGCUCUUUGGAUAACCUGUAUUUCCUAAAUUUGACCUUCUGAUUUUGAAGAGUGGCAGAAGUGGAGUAUUUCUAUAAAUGCAAAAACAUUAGAAAAGAAGAUUUUGUCCUAAGUGUAAGUGACUGGUCAUUACAUCACAAACGGAACAGCCAGAAGCUCCAAGUCAAACUGCAAACCGGAGCCUGACUAGGCUGUCUUUGCUGGAUUAUGCAAUAAAGGCACAGAGGAGUUCUUUCUUGAAUUUUUUGAUGGAAUUCACGGUAAUUUUUUCAGUGAGUUUAAAGAUUGUUUUACAAUAAAAACACGGAAAACAAUUGGUAAUUUGGAAGUUUUCAGUGUAACCUGUUACUAGUUUUUGAAAGCACAUUUCAGUGUUUGUUUCCCCCUGCACUUGACAACUUGAAUGCUAAACUAAGCCAUGCUGGUAUUUCGGAAAGGGAACUGACUGGUGCUUUCAUGACAAAAUAGAACACUUCCUCUUGUCUUGGCAUGCUGUUGCACCCCACGGUGUCAGGAUUGUGCACCAUGUUACAGACCAUCUAUGAGACUGAGUCCUGUUUUUCCUCUGCCAGCACAGACAGCCACCACCAGCCUCUGGAGCUCCUGAGUGGCAACAGGGGCUCCAGUGCUGCCAUGCCCACCACUGUAGUGGAGGUGAAGAGCAGCCUCCCAUCGGGUAUGCAGAGCCCCAUAGGAACAGCAAGCGAGCACAGAGGAGGAGGCGGAGAAGGAGAAGGCCCAGGAGGAGGAGGUCCAGUGGACCUGCGGACAGAGCCCAGGGUGGGGUCUCUGUCUGGGGGUGCAGCAGUGGUGGACACAGCCCUGAGAGAGCAGCAGCUCCAGCAUGAACUGGUGCUACUGAAACAGCAGCAGGAACUCCAGAAACAACUGCUGUUUGCAGAAUUCCAGAAAAAACAUGAAGUGCUAACAAGACAACAUGAAGUCCAGCUGCAGGAACACCUGAAGCAACAACAGGAACUGCUGGCAGCAAAGCGGCAGCAGGAGCUGGAACAGAAGAGGAAACUGGAGCAACAAAGACAUGAAGAGCAGGAGAAACAGAGGCUAGAGCAACAACUGCUGCUGCUGAGGAACAAAGAGAAAGGCAAAGAGAGUGCCAUUGCCAGUACAGAGGUGAAGCUGAAGCUGCAGGAGUUCCUUCUCAGUAAGAAAGAGCCUGGUCCCGGAGGACUGAACCAUUCCUUCUCCCCAAAGUGCUGGGGAGCCCAGCACACCUCCCUGGAGCAGAGCUCUCCCCCGCAGAGUAACACCCCAGGAACUCCUCCCUCCUAUAAACUGCCCCCACUACUGGGGAAUUAUGAGGGCAAAGAUGACUUCCCACUCCGCAAGACAGUCUCAGAGCCCAACCUGAAAGUGCGUUCACGGCUGAAGCAGAAGGUGGCAGAGAGGCGGAGCUCUCCACUUCUCCGCAGGAAGGAUGGAACUGUUAUCAGUACCUUUAAGAAGAGAGCCAUAGAGAUAUCAGUCUCCUCUCUCUGUAAUAGCGCUCCAGGUUCAGGUCCCAGCAGUCCCAACAGUUCUAAUACAGCUAUUGCCAAUGGCAACACGGGGUCAGUCCCCAACAUACAGACUGAGCUGAGAUCUCUCCAUCAGACACUGGGGGCUGAUGGGACAUUGAGUCCUCUGAGUCUUUACACCUCGCCCUCUCUGCCAAAUAUUUCCUUGGGCCUCCCCGCCAACACACACAUAACGGCCCCCCAGAAGCUGUCUACCCAGCAAGAAACUGAACGUCAAGCCAUCCAAUCACUGCGUGGAGGUGGAGCUCUAACAGGAAAGUUUCUCUCCACAUCUUCCCUACCUGCAGGGGUGGGGCAUGAUGUGGAGACCCCGCCGCCCAGCUCUCAUUCUGCCCAUUCCUCGUUAUUACAACAUGUACUGCUACUGGAGCAGGCCAGACAACAGACUGCAAUGCUAGCUGUCCCCAUGUACAGCCAGUCACCGCUGGUUACUGCAGAGAGAGGAGUAUCUAGUAGCAUGCGGACAGUCAACAAGCUGCCUCGCCAUCGGCCAUUGGCUCGGACCCAGAGUGCACCUUUGCCCCAGUCCCCCCAGGCCUUGCAGCAGCUGGUGCUUCAGCAGCAACACCAGCACUUCCUGGAGAAACACUACAAGAUGCUAUCAAAGGGAGCAGAGCUUCCCAGGCCACCACCCACCCACCCAGAGGAGACAGAGGAGGAGCUAACGGAGACCAGUGACAUGCAGGAGGACAUCGAAGAGUCGGGCCCCCACAGGCUUCAGAAGGAGGGGUCUGAUGACAGCACCUCCCCCUCUGAGCGGCUUGGUGUGCACGUGAAGGGUGAAGAUGAUCGUGGGGGCAUGCAUGUGAAAGGGGAGAGCACUGAGAGUGAGCUGGAUGAAGAAGAAGAGGAUGAAGAAGUCAUCCAGCUGAAGGAGUGCAGUGAGGAGGAGAGGGGAAGCUAUACGCAGGCCUUGCAACAGAUGGGUGUGUUCCAGUCCUCGUUGCCCCACAGACCUCUGGGAAGAGCGCAGUCCUCCCCUGCAGCCACUGUCAAUCCUGUCAAGCACCUCUUUACUACUGGGCUUGUAUAUGACAGUCUGAUGUUGAAGCAUCAGUGUGUGUGUGGCAACGCACACAUCCACCCAGAGCAUGCUGGGAGAGUGCAGAGCAUCUGGUCCAGACUGCAAGAGACAGGCCUGCUGGGACGCUGCGAGAGGAUUCGUGGGCGUAAAGCAUCUCUGGAUGAGAUCCAGUCAGUCCAUUCAGAGUUUCACACUCUGCUGUAUGGAACCAGUCCACUCAAUCGACACAAACUGGACCACAAGAAGCUGCUGGGUCCAAUUAGCCAGAAGAUGUAUGCUGUUCUUCCCUGUGGAGGAAUAGGGGUGGACAGUGAUACAGUGUGGAAUGAGAUGCACUCAUCCGCGGCGGUCCGUAUGGCGGUCGGUUCAGUCAUUGAGCUGGCCUUCAGAGUGGCGGCGGGGGAGCUGAAGAAUGGCUUUGCAGUUGUGCGUCCACCUGGUCACCAUGCUGAGGAAUCUACUGCCAUGGGAUUUUGUUUCUUCAAUUCAGUAGCUAUCACUGCUAAGCUGCUGCAACAGAAACUGGGAGUGGGCAAGAUCCUCAUUGUAGAUUGGGACAUUCACCAUGGCAACGGCACCCAGCAAGCCUUCUACAGCGACCCCAAUGUCCUCUAUAUCUCCCUUCAUCGCUACGAUGAUGGAAACUUUUUUCCUGGCAGCGGAGCUCCUGAAGAGGUGGGCUCAGGUGCAGGUGUUGGUUUUAAUGUGAACAUAGCCUGGACUGGAGGAGUGGAGCCCCCUAUGGGUGAUGUAGAAUACCUUACUGCGUUUAGGAGUGUGGUGAUGCCCAUUGCCCAGCAGUUCAGUCCAGAUGUGGUUCUGGUGUCUGCAGGCUUCGAUGCAGUGGAGGGUCACCAGUCUCCUUUGGGAGGCUACAAUGUCUCUGCCAAGUGCUUUGGUCAGCUAACGCAGUUGCUGAUGGGUCUGGCGGGUGGGCGGGUUGUUAUGGCGCUGGAGGGCGGUCAUGACCUCACAGCCAUCUGUGAUGCAUCAGAGGCCUGUGUCUCUGCACUUUUGGGAGACCCGUGUGACUCCGUAUUUCAGUGGCCUCAAGAAAAGCCAUGUCCAAAAGCCUGCGCCUCACUGGAGAGAGUAAUAGAGAUCCAGAGUAAACACUGGUCUCGUCUCCAGAGUUUGUCUCAGACAAGUGGCCACUCACUAUUGGAUGGCCCUCUUGGUGCUCAGGGCCAAUCCGAGAAAGACGAAGCAGAGACAGUCAGUGCCAUGGCUUCCCUGAGUGUUGAUGUUGAUCAGCCAGGCUCUGUUCCUGAUAACACCGAAGCCAGCAGGUCCACAGAGGAGCCAAUGGAAGAAGAGCCUGUAUUGUAGGUGGGACUUAAACAGACAGCACACAAAAUCUCCAUGCUCACCUCCUUCUAGCACCUCCUCUUCCUCUUCCUCCGCAGAGUUUGUGUAGGUACACACACACAUACAUACACACGAGGUGGAAUUGUGCCACUGAGGACAACUCUGAUUGAGUGAGGAGAACAUUAUGGAGAGAAGAGAAGGUGGGGCCUGUGAAAAACAUGGACAGAUCUCUUUGCUAGUGGUUCAUCAGUCCAAGGGGAGCAAACGACUUGUUAGCAUCUCCAUGGAAACCAGAGGAGGGGAGCGUCAAUGAGAAGACUUGUCUUGUAACCUGUAUAUUUUACCACCUGUACACAGCACCACUGAAUUUUUCCCCUCUCCAAUCAGUCCUCUAUGUUUGUAUUUCGUCCCCUUCUCUGUUUCCACAGAUGGACAGUGACUGUGGAGAAUGUGUUUCAAUCCCAAGUGGACGACUUGUCUUCUUGUGAGUGUGUGGGUGCGUCAGAUAGACAGGCCGAGCGAACAUGGGGUUGGCUGGCAGGGGAGGAUUAACCUAUUUUUAAACGAGCAGAGGAGGAACUAGGUGCCUUUUUUGUCCACAGAAAUUAAACCAACCAACCAAUCAAUCACUAACACUACCACCACCACCGCAGCACCUCAGCAAACUGACUAGCCAAUCAGGACUGAAGAAACACACUGAUGCGCGUGCAUGCACACACACACACACACACACACACACACAUUGCUGUUGUUUCAGUCAGUCAGUUCAUUUUUGUGUCUGUUUUUUCAUCUGGAUGCCUUAAUUUGUUCUUAUCUCACUAUUUAGCAACAUUGAGAGAGACAAAGAGAAAAACGAGAGAUGAUAUAUAUUCAGAAAUGUAUUAAAACUUCUAAGAAUUGUAUUUUCUUUUAGAUCUGACAAUAUUCAUGUCAGGUAUUUCCAGCAGACUUAGAUUUUUUUUUUUUUUAAAUGAAGAAAGCCUUCUAAAGCCAUCAUUACACACUAGAAAUCUCCAGUAAAAAUCUCCAUUGAAUAUUAAUAAUAAUAUCAGUAAUAAUAUUCAAUCAGACUUUUAUGGAAUCUGGUGAAAGUGUCUCAGGAUCAACUCAGUAUUCAUUGUUUUUACAUGUAAUUAUUCAAACUGCAUGACUUCAGACCACUUCUCUAUCAGUCCCGUCUCUCUCGUUCACUCAUUCUGGAAGUCAUGUGACCCCUUUUUCUCUAAAAGGGAUUGUGGUACAUUUUUGAAACACCAGUAUGACUACCUUUUUUCUUGUUGUAAUAUUUUAUUGUACUGUUACGUAUUUGGUGUAAAUAUCGUCUCUUGUCGAGUUGCCCACAGUUAGGUCACAGCAGACUCAGUGUGGUCACUUUUCUAUAUCUGUACAUACAUACAUGUAUAAAACACUAAAUACUUUGUCUUUUUGUAUAAAAAAGCAAAAAUAAUAUUCUACAUCUAUAUAUAUAUUCUACACACAUGCGUGUGUGUAUGUAAAUAAGAACUGUUUUGUCCAGUCAGACUGGAUUUAUGAAUAUAUUCUGUUUGUAGAUUUGAUGUUGUCAAAGUUUGGCUGUUCGAUGGGAAGUAAACAGACAGUCUGAUGUCAUCAGACUGCCACCUGUUUGUUGGUUCAUUUAUUUUGGUUACAGAUGUUGAGGACAGCUGGAUAUUGUUGUAAACUGUGGUUGUUGUUGUUGGAAGUAAACAGUGAGCUCCCGUUCUGCGGGCAGCGCUAGCCUCCACAGGCAAACUGUGCAAAAAGACACAAUAAGUGGAUAAUAGGUUGGUCCAGUAAUUAUGUACUUUUGUAGUCCACCAGGGAGUUACAGUAGCUAGUCCCCUCGUGGUCUCUGAUAUUCAUUAGCCUGAACUAUCAUACUGCAUAUCACAGAUCUGAAUUGCUCUCUCCAACUCCAACAUUUAGUCAGAGAGUGCCACAUAACAUUUGUUUACAAUGUGAACUCAUGUGGUGGUCACCAAACUUCUAAGAUGGGCAAACACCAUGAGGCACUUGUAAGGUAACAUAUAUAUGAUAAUUUACCUUGACUAAGAAAGGUUUCCUCCAUUAAACACAAUACAACCAUAUAAAAAGGUGGCAAAGGAUGUAGCACACAAGAUGACGCCAGUGGCACCACAAAGGAAUGGUACAUUGGCUAGUGUUGAUUCUCCUUAGAUGAUGAUAGAGUCGUUAAUUUAAAGCUGCAGUCAUCAGUAUUUUUUCAAUAACAAUAUAUCACAUGACAUUGUGAAAGGGGUUGCUCUUAGUGUGGAGACUAGAGAAUUAUCAUCUGAAUCUGCAGGUAGCUACUAGGUUUCACAGCUAAAGAGACACAUAUUUCCCUCAGCAAUCAGUAGAGACAAAAACAGAGCUAAAAAUGUCAGUAGCAAUACUGGACUGUGUAAUUGUUUUAUGGAGUAGCCCUUACAAACCAGAUUUGUUACACCAGUCAAAAGGAUAAGUCAAUAGGCUAAAUAUAUACAUUUUUUUACAAAGUACAGGUCUUUAAUCAACCACUCACCUACUUUAAAGUGCAGCUCUGAUGCGUUUUUCAGUAUCACAACAAAGGGACAUACCACAUUAGGGGACUGCAGGUGCUGUGCUCACCAUAAAUACCUGUUGGAUGCAAAUAUUCAGAACUGGACCACCCUGUUAUCCACAUCUACAGAAACAGAACCCAGAAACACUAUUGAGUGAUAUCAGCACAUGUGAUGUCCAUUUCCCAGAACCCUCUCAGUGUAGCAAGCCGACGCUGCUAACUCUGGGUGUAUGUCCCAAUCCCCUUAACUUGCGAGACAAAGUGAAACGUGAAUGCAAUUAAGGGGACUGAGAUAUACCCACGGUCUCAUUUGUUCAAAGCAAUACAACACUGACAGGACAGCAGUGACAGAAAAGAGAAAGAGACUACAACACCCAGCUUCAGCGUGGUCGCAGCAGACAGAAUCACAGCUUACAUUAUUGAUGGCGCUUCCUCUACCACCUGUGCUUGAGUGCUAUUUGUGUGUAUUAUCUGUCAGGUGCAAUAAAUAGACAGUAUUGAUUGAUCUGCAGAUUGGUUGAUUUAUUGAGCUGUGUUUCCAGGUGGUUCACUGUAGUCUUCUUGUACUAAUGUAAACACUAACACCAUUUUGUCCAUUAAACCUAGUCAGUAACAGCGGCGCCUUGCACAGGUGGAUGAGUGGGUGGUGUCACUUGUUUGUUGUAAUACUGCAGCCUUUUGCUGUAUCAAUGUCGUUCUGCGAUUUCAGCACUUGCCUCGAUGAAUCCUACAGACACCGCUUGGUGUUGCAAACACAAGCGCAGGUUACGGACUGAGGCUUUAGGAGGCUGUUUCAGUGCAGCUGAGCAGAGUAUCGCUCAGUCCUGGUUGGUUUGUACUGACACAAACUUUAGGUCGCAGGAGCUGCCAUGACCGCUCUAGUCGUGAU